AUGGCUAUGCACCCCACAAGCCUACUUCAGCCUCCCGAUCUUCCAACUCCCAAUCUCCGUCACCCCAACGCCACGACUCCCCAAAUCCUACCGUCCAUCUCAAACUUGUUCUGCCACGUCAAAGCCCCGAAGAGCCCCAUCCCUCGCUGGCUCUUUCUACACCGACUUCUGGCUUUCCGAGCUUCCGCGUGUUUGCCUGUCCGAUCCGGCUAUCUGGCACGCUGUUGUCUUCAUCACCAGACCCACAUACAUCUCCACGCUGGGUGCAACCUCCUCCGCGAGAUUCAGGACCAUGACGCAAACCCUUCAAAGCUGGGCCAACUCCAAGAAAACACCUUUGCAUCAGUCCCAAUAUCGAUUACCCCCAUACAGUCUAUUCUGAUGAACCUUGAGCUGCAGUCAAACUCACUUGACCAUGGCAGCGUUGUUGAAAGUCCCCUUUUGCUCUCGCAGAAUAAAGUUCUCAACGCAUGGCGCUCAUAUACUGCGCCACGCUCGUCCCGUCCAGGGCCAGAACACGUUGACCAAGCCAACCGUGCUGCCCAGUCUCUAUUGACUGGACUAGCUCUGUUCUCACAACACCAUGCCAAACAGCUCGGUGAUCUCCAGACUGGAAAGUCUGGGCUAGAAGCCCUGUCCAUGCUGGCUGCGUGA